AUGCCUGGUGAAGAGAAUUCACCAGAUGAAGAUGGCCCGAAAUAUAAAAUCUCCAGCUUUCUUUUUGGGAACGUUAACAAAGAAGGACAAAUCGAGGAAUAUCAACAUGAUGUUGAAUUGAAAUCUAUCAAUAACUUAGACCGAUGCCACGUGAGAGAAGUGGAAGAAGCUGCUUCAGACGUGCUUUCUGACAGUAGUGUUAUACCUUUAGUAUCACCAGAGGGUGGUGGUGUUCAGUCUAUUAACAAUAUAAGCUCAAUAGACUACUAUAACGAAGAAGAAACGUUGGCGGAAGAAAUUGUGGAGAAGGUCUUAUACGACAUGAAGCCUGAAAAAAUUGAAGAGGAUGAUUAUGAUUUAAUCGACUCAGAACCAGAACGGAGUUUGACGCCCAAAAUGGAUUUGGAUUCGAGGCUACUCCAUAAAGAGGGAUAUGCUUCGCCAGGAAGUGGGACUAUUGAGUCAGUCCCAGAGGAAUCGUCCCUAAGUGAAAUUAAUGUAAUAGGAUUUGACAGCCAGCUUAAAAGAGAGGACACAUCAUCACCACGUACUGAGUCAGUCUCUCCGAGCAAACCAAUAAGUUAUGCUCAAAUCAGUGUCUCCGAAGAUACAACUCUUAUUAUGCCUCCUCCAUUACAUCCGGCACCGCUUUCAAUCUCUCGUUCAAAUCAAAUUAAGCCCGUUUAUUCACGAAGUGCUGAUUCGCCAAUCACUAGUCCAGUAACCAUCGGUUGUAACUUAGAAUCAGUUAAAAGUCCAGGGUACGCCACUACUGCUCCACAUCAUCAAGACAAUGCUUUAAAUACUCCCCUGGGUAGUCUUAUGCCUCCAGAAUACAUGAAUGUAGAUAUAAAAGAACUUUUCCCUUCAUAUGAUCCAGGAAAAACACCCUUGUGGGGACGUUUAUUUAAAUUACCGCACCAGCUAGGAGUUUAUCGUGAGUUUAUUGAGCACUAUGACUAUAUGGAAGAGAUUCUGUCACAAAGACCAUCACGAAGUGAUCGGUUGCAUCUUUUAUAUGAUGGAUUUUUGGAUCUUGGAGAAAUUCCUUUACCCGAAGAAAUCAAUUGUCAUGAUGAAGUAGUCGAGUUGAAUACUCCACCAAUCCCAGGUUUAGAUUAUUUAGCUGGCAGUGAACAUUCAUGGUGGCGUAGAGCCUUUAGAAAUGCACUUGACGAAUUAAUGAAUCCUAAAAAAGCUGAAGCCUAUGAACAAGCUGAUGGUGUUGAUAAAAAAACGUCUACACAGAAACAACAACUAGAAUCUGAUGAAAUUCAUAAACAUGACGAUUUAAAUGAAACACUUAAUAAUGACAUAGACACUUAUUUAGGUUGGAGAUUAGGACCGGCAAAAUAUUGGUACGAUCAGUUAGGUCUACCAUUAGAUAUAAAUAUUUCUGAAUGGACAGAAUGGCGUCGACCACUAACAUCCACCACUACUACUGCCUGUAGUAUUAAUAAUAACAACGACUCCAAUUCACUCUCUUUUCAUUCCUCAACUAACUCUGAAUAUGAAGCCCAUAAUUGUGGUAAUUUAGAUACAAAUAAAUUAGUCAAUGAAACAGUAUCUGAAGUACCAACUUUUUCAACUAUUAAAAAAGAAAAUAUUGAUGAAUCGUUCCACAGAGGUUAUUCAGAUCAAAUGUGCAGUAAACAAGAUCCUGAUAGUUGUCAACACCGGUUGUCAACUGAAUCGUUAUUUCAUUCAUCUCCAGCUCUGCGUAAGAAUAAUUCACGUCCUUUAUGUCUUGAUGAAAUGAAUACACCAAAUCAUUUCUAUUUAUAUCAAAUAUUAAAUUGGGAAGAUGAUAUAAUAUAUGAUCCUCAAUUAAGUGCAAAUAAAAUAUCUACUAAUUCACGUUUAAAUGCUGCCUAUGCCGGUUGGAUACCAUCACAACAUUGUCGUACUAUGGCUUCCUUUCAGGAUGCAUAUCAAGGAAAAUUUCCAUUUAUAUUAAGUUCGAAAAUUAUCAAUGGUUUAACCACAUCCUCUUCAUCAACAACAGGAAUGAUAAUGGAAAAUUUAUUAAAUUAUUCCUCUAAAAAUACAUCACUAUCACCAUCCUAUCCAAACCAUCAUCAUCCACCUUAUUCAAUAUUUCCAAUUGAAAACGAGGGUAUAUUAAACAAUACAUGGGUACAUGAUAUAAUUUAUGAUUCAGAUUUACCGAUUAAUCAACAACCUCCUCCAUUUUUACUUACAUUAGAUCAAAAUGAUGAAACAUGCAUUUUAGAACCGAUAGAUGAUUCAACUAUUGCUUCAGUAUUAUCAUCAAUACGUAAUCAACGACAGAAACGUUUAAUGCAUCGAGGCUAUGACACGGGAGAAUCCGAUACAACAGCACUAGCAACAAUGGGUACAGCAACAUCGAUGAUCACGACGACGACGACGACGACAGCAUCAACAAUAUCUACAACAGGAGGUGAUUAUUCGAAUUCUUUGUCAACAAUUGGCAGUAAUACUACUGGUCAUAAUCUACGUGGUAAUGUUAGUAGUAGUAACAUUUCAAAUAUUCAUGAUAAUAAUUGGUCUAAUUCCAAUGGAUUAAAUGAUACUGACAAUGCUCUAUCUCAACAUAAAUCUAAUACUAAUUCAAUGAAUCGUACUAGUCUUCAAGUGAAUUUUGGAUUAGCAUCAACACGUGGUAUGUUCACUGGUGCACUAGCUAAAGCUGAAAAAGGUGCUGAGAAAGUUAAAAUGAUUUUGGGUAAACAUGGUCUGUUAGCUGAAGAUGAUUGGCAAUCAAGUCAAGCAGAAAAAUCUACGAAUAAUACAGAUGAUAAAAAUGAUCACCUUCAAGAUAUCAAUGAAUAUAAUUCAGAUGGUAAUACUUUAGCAUCAGCUGCAGCAGCGGUUUCUGGUAUUCCACCAAAAGAUCCGUUAAAUUUAUCAAAUGAUGAAUAUUAUGCAAUUCGAAGCGGUGCUCUUGCUCUAGGCGGUUUAGCACGUUGUGGUCCAUUACAACAUAGUACUCCAGCAGUUGAAUUAUGGCCACCAUUUUUCCCUACAUACAUGAGUCCACUACGUUUACGUCAAUUUCACAGGGUUCCACUUAAAAGAUAUCUUCGUGGUCCUAUGUCACAGUAUAAUAUACCAUUUCCUGUCACUAAUCUUACCCGUCAUGUUCAUCGUAAAAUGCGUGAACGAGAGGAUGAACGAGCAGCUACCGGUGGUGGUGAAAUAUUUUUCAUGAGAACACCUAGUGAUUUAUCUGGAGCUGAUGGAGAAAUUGUUUUAUUUGAAUUUUCUGAAGAAUAUCCGCCUUUAUUAGCUCAGGUUGGUAUGGCUACAAGAAUCAUAAAUUAUUAUCGUCCAUUGGUACCCAGGGACAGGUCACUUUCACCAUCUCCACAUGCCUAUAGUGAACCACCGGAAUUGCCUUAUGGUUCUCUUGUGUAUGUAGGGGGUUCAGACAGUCCAUUUCUUGGUGUUAUUCGACCUGGUGGUUGUUUACAGACUGUUGAAAAUAGUAUGUUUCGUGCACCAAUUUAUCCACAUACUGUUGCCAGUACAGAUUUCUUAAUGGUUCGUAAUCGUAAUGGAAUCAGUAUACGCCGUGUACCAAAUGCAUUUACUGUAGGACAAGAAGUUCCGCUUAUGGAGGUUCCUGGACCAAAUUCAAAACGUGCAAAUAAUUUUGUACGGGAUUUUCUACAAGUAUUUAUUCUACGUUUAUUUCUACGUAGUACCGAUGAACCGAAACGAAUUAAAAUGGAAGAGAUUCGCAAAGCUUUUCCUAAUCAUUCAGAAAGCAGUGUCAGAAAACGACUGAAAGUUUGUGCGGAUUUCAAACGUACUGGUUCAGAUGCAAGUUGGUGGGUUCUACGCUCUGAUUAUCGAUUACCAUCAGAAGAAGAAGUUCGUUAUCUGGUCUCACCUGAAGAUUGUUGUGCACAUUACAGUAUGCUGGCUGCCGAAUUACGUCUUAAAGAUGCUGGUUACGGUGAGAAGUAUUUAUUUGUUUUAGAUGAAAAUCAAGUUGAAGAAGAAGAAGACAAAGAAGGACAGCCUAAAAUGGAGGAUGAAGUAAGAGCAGCGCCAUGGAAUACAACACGUGCUUAUCUUGCUUCACAACGUGGUGGUUGUUUUCUCGAAUUACAUGGUGCCGCUGAUCCUACUGGUUGUGGUGAGGCGUUUUCUUAUUCGAAAACCUCUGCGAAACCUGGUGCAUUGUUUCGGCAAGCUGGCGGAGAAGUUGCAAGAGGUCUAUUAAAAGGGAAACGUACUGUGACAGGAACUGAUGCUGAUCUUCGUAAACUACAUUUACGCGAUGCACGUGCUUUAUUGAGAUCAUUUGGGAUUAGUGAAGCUGAUUUAAAAACUUUCAAACGUUGGGAAAUUAUUGACAUGGUUCGCUUCACGUCAACAGAACGAGCUAAACAAGGUGAAGAAGAAGGGUCCGCUAAAUUUGCCCGUGGUAAUCGUCUAUCAAUUAGCGAACAAAUUCGAUGUUAUAAAGAAGAAUGUCAACGUAUAUUUGAUUUACAAAAUCGUGUUUUAUCGAAUUCCGAACUUUUAAGUUCCGAUGAAGAAGUGAGCAGUGAAGAUGACGAAGAUGAAGUCACUGGGACUGAUAGUGUUGGUCAGAGAUCCACGUUACUAGGUUCACAUGGCUCUAGUACAACAAGUAAUUCAAUUGGAGGUGUACGCCUUUCGAGUUUAUCGUCAACUGCUCGUUCUUAUGCACAUAUGAGCCGUAAUAUUGAAUCUGUAUUAUCAAGUCAAAUGAAUUCUAAAUAUGCCGAUGGUAAAACUGAUGAAAAAGAUCGUGUCAAUCUUAAACGAGCUUUAGAAUCUGGAGAUCAAUCAUCUGGAUUGAAACGACCUCGUAAAACAAACCAACUUCUAUUAAAAGAGAAUAGUUUAUCGGGAAACGGAGUGGAAUCCAGUGAAACUGUUUCCGUUGUCGGUAGUAAUAGUUCUAGUGUGGUGUAUGAUGCUAGUUCUACUGCAGCUGGUACAAUUUUAGACUUAACACCACCAUGGCCUAAUGCUAAUAAAAAAAUGUUACGUAUUAUGCGUACUUAUUCAGAAGAUGGACAUCAAUAUACUAGAACAGAACUUGUUCCAUGGUCACCUGUUGUAGAGAUUUAUUUGAAAAUACGUCAAACUCGUGAUGAUGAUUUCAUUCAUAAUUUUGUCGAUUCAGAUAAUCAUUUCCGUGAACAACAAAGAAAAGAAAAGAGAAGAUUACAAGAUCAGCUACGUCGCCUUCGUAAACAACAACAAGUAAUGCGAGAACGUGGCGGCGUCACUGGUAGUUCAAUGCCAGGUAUGAAAUCCUUAGGAUUAUCAAACAAGGUAAACCGUCAUAGACGUCAUAAAACACUUACGGAAGCAUUAAUCAAAAUGCGUUGCGGUGCUUGUGGUCAAACAGGUCAUAUGCGUACCAAUAAAGAAUGUCCAAUGUAUGGACGAUCUAAUACAUCAUCAUCUCUUCAUAAUGAAGGAGGAAUUCGAAGAACAGCUGCAGAACGUGCUCAACUUCGUACACAAACAACUAUUCGUAAUAUGUCUCGUUCUGGUGAUUUAAAUUCUUUGGAAUCUAGAUCAGAUGAUAGAGAAAUUGGUUUCUUAGAAAAUUAUGGUAAUAGUCGAAAAAUUGAACCAGAUACUAUUGCCGCAGCUCAAGCAUUAGCUUCUCGUCCAGUCUGUGAAUUAUUAGCAGAACAAGAAAAGGAAGAGAAAGCGAACUAUAGUAAUGAUUUAGAUAAUUCUGAUGUUAAACAUUUAAGUAAAGAUUCAGAUGAUUUUGAUGAAUCAUCUAUGCAUGGAGUUUUAGGCGAAAAUGAUAUGACGGUUGAAGGAACAAAAUUAAAACUUCACUCUGGUUUAACUAAAUACAUUAAAGAACAAAAUCGUCGUAAUCUAAAAUUAAAAAUACGCCGUCAAUUACUCGAUCGUUUAGAUGCGGCAGCUGCUGUUGUUCAGUCUGCAAAUUCAAAUAGACGUGGACUAAUGAGUACUACAGGUCGCGGUGGUGGUGGAAGAAAUCGUCGAACUAGUUUAAGUAUGAAUGAUGAUGAUUUUCCAACAAGCAUUAAACACCGUGGGAAUAGACGCCGUAUUGAUCCUCGUGUUGCGUUAAAUCAUAUUUUUGAAGGAAUCUACAAGGGCCUUACUCAAAUUCCUGGUUAUAAGAUAUUUAUGCAUCCUGUUAAGGAGAAAGAUUUUCCGAAUUAUUAUUCUCAAAUUGAAACUCCAAUGGAUUUAUCACAAAUACGUAUGAAAAUUAAUGAGAACAGUUAUGCUACACGUGAAGAAUUUUUGUCAGAUAUUCGACUCAUUUAUAAUAAUUCGUCGAAAUUCAAUGGUCGCUAUAGUGCAUACACCGAAACAGCCAUGAAGAUGUGUUCACACGUUAUGGAACAAUUUUGUCAUAAAGAAUUAAAAUUAAUGCGAUUAGAAUCACUAGUUAAUCCUUUGUUGGAUGAAGAUGAUCUAGUCGGAUUAAGCUAUUUAUUACAACAAGCUAUUGAGGCUAUGCGUGGAGUUGAGCAUAGUAGACCAUUCCAUAUACCAGUUGAUAAAAGAAGAUAUCCGGACUAUUAUAAAAUUAUCAGUAAUCCAAUGGAUUUAUCAACCCUUGAAAAAUUAGUGAAAGAGAAUCGAUUUCGAUCACGUGAAGAAUUCUUUGUACAAAUUGAAUUAAUUCUAUCCAAUUGUAUUACAUUCAAUGGAAAUGAAAGUCCAUUAACUGAGAUUGCACAAAAAAUGUUACAAGCUGCUCGUACACGAUUAGAACAAGAUAAAGAAACAUUAGAUACAAUUGAAGCAAAUAUACGAAGUCAAUUAGAAAAUGAACCAUAUACCGAAUCAAUUCCAUCUCAAAAUGGUCCUAUAAAUUCUCGUUCAAAUAUGCUGGAAAAUCAAACUAAUCAAAAAAGUACACAUAUAAAACCUUUGUCAACUACUAGUCGAAUUAAUCAAGUUUCUAAAUUAUUGAAACGUAAAUCUAUUAAAUCAACAUUAUGUAAAAAUAAAGACUUAAAAACAACAAAACGAAAGAAAACUCAAAGAUUAAAUACAACUAUUGAUAAAGAAUCAUUACAUUAUGAUGCUAGUUAUAAUAGUUCUGAUGGUCAAACAACUGAUAGAUCAUUGAAUAAAACACUUGAUAUUAUCAAUACUUCAGGUAGUGAUAGGUUGUUACGUCAACGUUCAAGUGGAGCUUGGUAUGGUGUUGACUUGGAAUAUGAUGAUGAUGACGAUGAUGAUGACAACGACUAUGAGCAACAUAAGGGGGAUAACGUUAAUCAUCCCGAUGACGAUGAAAGUGAUAAUGAUAUUCUUAGAAAAACCUCGACUAAACAAGAUAUUAAUGUUUCAAAGCGAUGGACAAUAAAUGAAGAGAGUAGUGAUUUAUACACUUCAAAAUCUGUUACAUCACUUCGUAAUGAAUACACUUUAUCUAAAGAACCAGAUUCUGAUCAUACAGAAGAUUCAAAUUAUAUGGGACGUAGUACUGCUGGUCAUGAUGAGAAUUCAUUUGAUUGGAAUUGUCAAGAGGCGACCACUAGUCGAAGCCAUGUAGCAAAUGAUCAAUUAAGACAAAUUAUAUCCAAUCUAAGUGAACGUAGUUCCACUAUAAGUGAACAUACAAUGGGAGAUGAUAAUCUACAGCAAUACGAUUAUGAUAACAAUCAAAUUGUCGAUGAUUAUGCUGAUUACGAUGUGGAUAAUUCGUUAAAUUCUAGUCGAGAAUUGCAUUCCAAUGGAAAUUCACGACAAACAAACGAUUGGAACCAAUAUACAAGUUUAACUAAUGUUGAAGAUGAUGAAAAUGAUGGUAAUGACUAUGCUGACGAUGGUGUGAUUGAACUUCGUUCUCAACAAGAUAAAUUUCCUACUUAUAUUGAUGAAGAAACUCGAUUUUCUGCCGGUAUUUCAGAAAUCCCAGUAUCUACCACAGCUAAUACAAGUCAUUUGGAUUAUUCUCAAUUAGAUUUAAAUGAUGAUUUAGUUGCAAAAGAUUUACAAUUAACUGAUUCAGAUGAUGAUGGUGAUAGUAGUUUAACUGGUCAAGGUGGUGAAUUAUGUACUGAUGAGAAUGAUGCAACUGUUGUGUCUUAUAAUAUCGACCAAGACCAUGAUGAUGACGAUAACCAAGUGCAUCGAAACACCAUACUCCAAUAUACAGAAUAUCAUCAAAACGAAUCCGAAAUGAUUUCUCACAAUGAUAAUUCAUUUACAACAUAUAAUGUACAGCAUAGACAACGUCUCGAUCAUGAUGAUGGUAAUAAUAAUAAUAAUAAUCGUCCUACUUUUUUCAUCAGUGAUGAUGACGAUGAUAAU